AUUUUAUUGACAGCGAAUGUAAACCAAAGUUACACGAAACUUGAAAUUACUGUUAGGAUUUCGUGCUUCAGACAAAUGGAUUUUAACACAAUAAACUGUAGUCCGAGGUAUUCAUAGCUAUGGAAUAUGAAAGUCCUAUGUCACUUAAAAUUGAGAUAAACAUAGAGAAUGAACUUGGAGUUUUUGAACCUCGAGAUGAUGUUGCUGGUCAUAUAGUUAUAAAAACUGAAGAAGAUACAGAAAUUGAUAGUUGUAUUCUGUGGUUAUAUGGAUUGGCUAAAACUCGUUGGAAUACUCAAAAUGAAAGUUGUAUAAGUAGACCUGGUUCAUUAACAAGUGGAAUUAAUUUAUCAACAUCUACUACAAAUUUUAACAAAUUCACUAAUACCAAUGUUUGUAUGGCAGAAAAUAAAAUUUGUAAAUUACUUUCAAAUGCAUCAAAUAUGUUUAAACAAACAAAAUCAUGUAAAUCAUAUGAAAUUGUAUCACCACGUACACAUUUAACUUGUUGUACUGAUCGUGGUUACUUAUCUGAUACACAUUGUAAAUCUAAUUGUAAUUAUAAUCAUUCAUCAUGUGCAUUAGAUCAUGAUUUAAUUUGUGAAACACGAAUUGGUGAAUCAUGGAUUUCAGCUUCAGAAUCAUUAACAUCUUCAUUGGAUGCUGAAAGCAGUAAUAAAAGUAUUCAAAGUUUUAGUAAACUAGCUUCUCCAAAUACUUCUAUUAAUAAUGAUGAUUAUCCACUAAGAUCUAUUCAACAGAUAACAAAAACAACAGAUAAAAUAUAUGAUUCAACAUGUCUUUCUACAUUUUGUUUAGAACAAUGGAAAAGAUUAUUUGAAAUAGAUGAUGAGAAGAAAAAGUGUAUAUACCAUGGUGAUUUACAAUUAAUUUACAAAUCGAAACUUGAUUUACUUAAACAAUAUAAUGAUGUUUUAUCAAGUAAACCUAUGGAGAACAUUGAUCAGUUCACAACAAGUAGCACCAUUGAAACAUUGAAAAAUGAUAAUCAUUUAAACAAAAACCCAAAUGACAUUGAAUACCAUUAUGAUAAGUUUAAUUUCAAUGAACAAACAAAUAAAAAGAUACCAUCGAAUAAUACUAAUAAAAAAUAUUAUGAUUUAUUAAAUGUUAAUAAUGAUACCAGUGAAAAAUUACAACCAUCCAUUGAUAAACAUGGUAGAACAAAGACAAAAUUUACAUUAACACGUGGUAUACAUGUAUUUUACUUUGAAUUUCAAUUACCAGCAGAUUUGCCUAGUACAUUUGAAUUACCAACAAAUUGUUUAGUUGGUGGUGCAUCUGCAUCAAUUACAUAUGCUGUACGUAUUGAAUUAUGUAAUAAUCGUUUAAAAUUAAGGCAUAUACAACAACGUGAAAUUAUUGUAUUCAGACCAUUAGAAUUAAUACAUUUCCCGAGAUUAAGAGAUAGAAUAACAUUACAUCGAGAGUUUGUAUCCUUAGGCUGUUGUUCACAUCCAAGUGGAUUAAUUCUAUGCGAUUUAGCAGUGAAUAAAACUGGAUUUGUUCCUGGGGAAACAAUUAUUCCACAAGUUCAUAUUACUAAUCGAUCUGGUCGUGCUAUACAAACUGUACAUUUAACAUUUGCACAGACAGUCUUUUUGAAAGGUAUCAAUGAACAAAAUCAUAUUGAAGUUUUACGUAUUUUUGCAACAAGAUUAAAUGCUCAAUCAACAUUGUCUGGAUAUAAUUUAUUUGAACAAUUAGAUAUAAAUAAAAUUCCUAGUGUAUUCUCUCCAUCAAAUUCAUUUUCAUCAAGAAGUUCAACAAAUCGUUUUGAACGUAUUGAACAGCAACAACAACAACAACAACAACAACAACAACAAACACAUCGACAUAACAGUGUAAAUAAUAAAAAUAAUAAACAGAAUAAAUCACAAUCAAAACAUAAACAUCGACAAAAAUUAUAUAAGAAUUCUUUGUCAACAAAUAUUAUCGCUGUACCAGAUCAAGGUGGUCAAGCAUAUUUUACAGAUUUAAUACAUGUACCACCACUACCAACUAGUGGAUUAUUUGGUAGACAAAAUUUAAUUUAUUUAGAAUAUUCAUUAAUUUUACGACUUCGUAUGCAAGGUGAUAGAGAAGGUAAACAUGAUCAUUGUAUGCAAAUCCCAAUUACGAUUGGUUCUGAUCCAACGAGAGAAACAUCAUUCAUUGGAAAUGAUGAAGUUGUACCUUGUUAUGCAUCAUUCGAUUUUGCUUCUGGUGAUAUUAUAGAAUAUGAUCCAUCCAAUCAAUCAUCUUCAUUAAGUUUAACUCCUGUUUAUAGAUAUUUUAAACCAAAGCCUAUUGAACAAUCAGUAAAUAAAUUGAAUCAUAUUGCAUUAUCUUCUGAUUCACCAUUAAAUAAUAAUAAUAUUAGAAGUAGUAUAAAGUCAUUACAAAUUCUAAACAAAUCUAGUCCUUCAAUAUUAAAACAACCUAAUAUGAUAAAUACUACUUCAACUACUAAUAUAACUAUGACCAAAAAUAAUCAUCGGAAUUCAUUUAAAUCUAUGAAAUCAUUAUCAUCAUCAUCAUCAUCAUCAUCAUCAUCAUUUUGUCCUAAUAAUGAACCGAUUCAACAGAAACCAUUGGAUAAUACAAAUUCUUGGUUGAAUAAUAAAAUGAAUAAUGCUAUGGUUACUACAAUUCCAUUAUUAUCUCAUUCUGAUGAUCUUAAAUCAGAGAGUUAUUCACGUAAGAAGUCACAUAGCAAAACAAUGAAACAUAGUUCAUUGAAUAAAUUAAAACGUCAAAGCAAUUUUCAAGAAAUGACACCAAUACAUAAAACUAAUAUUAUCCAUUCAACUGAUAUACUAACUGUAAUGAAUCAAUCCCCACAAUUACGUUUAUCCGAUCAACAAUAUUUUGAUAAUGGUGAUAUAAUAUUACGUGAUAUAACAAUUAUGGAUAUUGAAAAUCAAAUUAAUUCAUUAUCAUCUAAAUUGAAAUCAUUAAAACAAACACAAUCUGAUACACUUAAUUUAUCAAGUGCUAAAAAACAAAAUUAUAAACAACAAUCAAUGCCAAUUUAUCAUCAAAAAUAUUCUGAGAAAAAUGAAAAAACCUAUUUGUUAUCAGAUCAAUCCUCUUCAACAUCACUACCUCAUCAACAAUAUCAUCAUGAUCAUCGUCUUCAGAAUAACUAUCACAAUCACCAUCAUCAUUCCUCUACUUCUCCUCCAUGUUUAGAAAAUUCUAAAUUAGAAUAUAGAUGUAAAUCACAGGCAAACAUUCCAAUUCAUCAACAUUUUAAUGAAUUAUUAUUAGAUCAACCGUUAUCAUAUGAUGAAAAUGUAAAAAUUAUUCAAAAUCAAUCCAAUGAUCAUAGUUAUUGUUAUAAUUUAGAUUCUUUCCAAGCGAACCAGAUGGAUUAUACUACAGUUAUUCAUAACGAUGGUGAUAAUGAUGAUGGUGACGAUGUGGAAGAGGUUGAUGAUGAAGAGGAAGAGGACAAUGAGAAUGGCGAAGAAGACGCUGAUGAAGAUGAUGAGGAUGAUGAUGAUGAUGAUGAUGAAGAAGAUGAUGAUGGGGAGGAAGAAGAAGAAGGCAAUAUUCCAUCUGGAAGCAAUAACUAUGAUGAUAUCACUAGUGAUGAAAUAAAUAAAUGUACAAUGAAAUCUGAUCAAUUUCAUACAUAUCCAUGUGAUUCAUUAAAAUACUGUACAGAUAAAAUACCAAUUAAACAGCAUAAAGGUUGUGAUCAUUCUUAUCACACUAGUGAUAAGGUUGAUAAAGACAGUGACGAUGAAGAUGAGAACGAUGAUCAUAGGGAUAAUGACAAUGAAAUAAUGGAUAGAAUUAACAACUUAAAAGACAAUUGUAAAAUAGAAAAAUAUAGAGAAGUAAUGCUUAAGCAAUACGAUACACAAUCAAAACAUGUUUUAAGCAUAUCUCAAGAAGAUUCACCUAAUGAAAAUGAUAAUAUAUCAUCCGAUAUCACAGAUUUAUAUAAUAAAGUUCAAAAAAUAUCAGAUAAUAAAGAAAUUUCAUUAAAUUCUAGAUUUAAACAAUCUAAAAAUUUGUAUAAUGCUUAUUGGAAUUGUCCAAAAGUUGCACCUAUUGUAGGUCGUAAAUCUAAUACUGAUGGAUAUUGGACAUAUGGUCAUGGAAGUAUCAAUGAAAAUACUAAUAAUACUACUAAUAAUAAUACUAAUUCAUAUACUGACAAUUAAUUGGAAUCAUUUCUAAUUUCUAUCUUUUGUAUAUCUUAACAAAUCCAUUUUAAACGGUAGAUUUUUCUUCUUUUCAUUUUUUUUUUUUGAAGACAUAUAAAUAAUAUUCAAUUUUCAAUAUUGCAAAUAAGGCCUGCUUGAUUAAACCAUUGAAACAUUGAACAAAGUGAUCUUUGGAUAAAUAAUAAAAUUGUGUAAGUAACUAUCUAUAAGAAUUAGGAUAUUUUCUUGUUCUUUUUAACAAAUUUCAAGAAAAAAACAACCCAUAAUUAACUAUUUAUUUAAUGUUAAUUUAAAUUAAUAAGAAUUUAUUUUCCG